AUGAAUAUUAGUACCUGGAAUGUGAGGGGAUUGAAUGAUCCCAUUAAAGUAGUUGAAAUAAAAAAGUUUUUAGCUAGUAAUAACAUUAGUGUUGUAGCUUUGUUAGAAACUAAAGUUCAGGAGAAGAAUAGUUUUAAAAUUCAGAAGAAAAUAGGGGUUGGGUGGCAGUGGAUUAUGAAUUAUGAGCACUCUCCUAGGGGAAGGAUAUGGAUUGGUUGGAAGCAUGCAUUGGUGUCAGUUCAGCUUAUCCAAAAAACUGAAUUUUGUGUUCACUGUCAUGUUGCUACUAAGAAUGGAUUGUUUGAUGCUUUAUUUUCAGCUGUGUAUGGUUUGCACUCUGUUGAUACUAGAAGACCAAUGUGGAGAGAGAUCACUGCUUUCAGUAGUACUGUUAAUUGUCCUUGGCUUGUCAUGGGGGAUUUCAAUGCAGUUUUAUUAGCUGCUGAUAGAGUAAAUGGCAAUGCAGUUACAGAAGGGGAAACUAAGGAUUUUGAUAGUUGUAUGGAUGCUGCAGGGUUGGCUGAGCUUAAGAGUUGUGGGAGUUACUAUUCUUGGAGCAAUAAGGGGCAAGGUAACUUGAGAAUCUGUUCCAGAAUAGAUAGGGCCAUUGCUAAUGCUUUGUGGCAUUCUAAGUUUGUUGAUGCUGUGGUGGAUUAUUUGCCUCCAGGAAUAUCUGAUCACUCACCUCUGGUUAUGUCUUGCAAUAUUCAUAUGGGAGGGGGGAGUAGACCCUUUAAAUUUUUUAACUAUAUGGCUGAUCAUGUUCUCUUCCUUGAUGUAGUUAAAAAGGGAUGGGAUGUGUCCUGUCCAAGGGGUGGAGCCAUGUUCAAGGUGUGGACUAAGCUGAAAGCAGUAAAGCAAGGAUUGAAGGAGUUACAUCAUAAAGAUUUUGCUAAGCUUGAUGAGAGAAUUGAGGGGUUAAGGGCUGAUUUGGGUCAAAUUCAGAUCCAGUUAGCUUCUUGCCCUACUGAUAGUAAUGUGCAACAAAGUGAGAGGGAUUGUAGUGAGACUCUUAAGAAGUUUUUGCAUAUUCAGGAGAGUGCAUAUAGACAGAAAGCAAGAAUUCAGUGGUUGAGUAGGAGAUUCUAA